UAACCCCUGCGAGUCAAUCGUGCAGUUUGAGCAGAAGCUGAAUAACGCGACUAGAAAAAUCGCACAGUGUCUGCCCAGCUUAAGACCAACGCUCACAAUCACACUUCGCCAGAUCGUCUGAGUGUGCCAUGUUACACAAGAACUGGACUUAAAAUGAGUGUUUACAGGUCUGAUUCCUUAAACUUGUCAGUAUGCAGCCAUCCUUAAAACAUGGUGGAGGCUCUGUCAUGGUUUGGGGCUCCAUUUCAUCCAGUGGUGUUGGAGAUCUUGUCAAAAUGGAUGGAUUAUGAACACAAAAGUGCCAGACCAGAUUUUAAUCCACCAUGCAAAAACCAUCUGAUAAAUGUCUGAUCGGCAACAGCUUCAUUCUUCAGUAUGACAAGCACACUGCUAAUGCAGUAAAAUGAAAAAAACACCCACAGUGGAACACUAUCAUAGUCAACAUUGUUGAAGCAGUGUGGGAUAAUCCUAACAGGGAACAGUAGAAAAAGCAGAACCAUCUAAAGAAGGGCCCCCACAAAGUUGAUUCUGUUCAUCCGGACGUAGUGUCCCUUCGAUGAGUAACGAAACAUUUCUCUCACUGAAAAAGCUAUGUCUAGAUGAUAAGGAUCAACUUUUUGGGAUUUCCUUACCUAGCAUGCACCGAGACAUCUGAAGAAGAGCUUUGAAUGUCCUUUAAGAAGCUCAGAGAACUAUUCCUGAAAAUUACUUAAAGAAAUUAAAAGAAAGCCGCCUCACUGUCCAAAUAUUGACUGUAAAACUUGUGAGAACUGUACAACCUCGGUUUGUGUGUUAUAUACUGCAUUUGCAUGUAUGUUUGCACAUGUUACUGCAUCUAUUUCCCAUUUUUCUACAAAAUAUAAAUAAUUGUGGACUUGAACAGUCUUUGGUUAUAACUAAAUGUGCAGACAGCAGAGCAUCAGUAUCUUGUUUGUCUUUGUGAAGUUAUUAAAAAAGUAAAGGUUUGAACACUAUAUUUAGCAAGAAACUCCACUCCAGCCAAAAAGGUGUUACUGUAACUCUGCUUUACAUGGUUUCAAAAGUUAAAAUCUUCAUUUUUGUCUGCAGUUUUUAUGGUCUUCAGUGAACCAUGACUAUCAGACCACAUUUAAAGCUGGAGAAGCCUUGAUUUUCAGUAUUUCUGAACAUAAUAUUUCAAACGUAACAUCUACAUACAAGAUGUUUGCUUGGAUUUAGUUUGAAACAGAAGCAUGGAAGUAACAAAGCAUGGCAAUACAGAGGAACAAACUAACAUUUUAGGCAUUUUUCAGAUAUCAUGCUAUUUAAAUAAAGACAUUUUGCCCAGUUGUUAAUUCAGCGCUUCCCUGGAUGUGAAUCACAGCGAUUCCUCAUUUACCAUAUUCACCAUAUUUGGGCUUUAUCUUAAAAUCGAAAUUUGGCCUCUAAAUAAGGAAAAGGAUAAAAUAAGAAAGUGAUUCAGACUAUAAAAACAGCAGUGAGACUUUUGUGUUUUCUUCUGAGGUUGUUGCUGGAAUGAACGCCUCCUCUGGCUGUAAAUAAUACACCACUGGCUCCCCCUAGUGACCAUUUCUCCACACUACAAGCAACAACCCUCAUAACAAAACAAUAAAAUCUGAUCUUUUUUGGGGUUCAUUGCCAUCAAAACUUAAACCCCAGAUCUAAGCAGUACCUACUGACCAAUCUGUUCUCUUUUCUUUGAUCUUGGAUCAUCUGUGGUUAAUGAAAGGAGUUAAUGCUUUUGGAUAUUCACUAAAAAAAAUGUUCUCAUUGUAAGCAAUCAAAAGCUAUUUCACUGCCCUCUGUGCCUUUAUAUUGUUACAUAAUACUAAAAGAGAAAGCACAAAAACAUUGUAAAUUUAUUUUUUUAAUAUAUAUUUAGGUUUCACUUGAACCUAUAUCCAUUAAACACCACCAAAGUGCUGAAGGAAUGAGGCUAAAAGCAGGCUCAGUAAGUCUCCUUUUAAAAUUUGCUGUCUCACUGAUGAAAUAGAAGAAGUAGAAAAGGUGACAGUGCAAACUUUCCUAUGUUUACUACUUUUUCAACUAUUUCAACACCUAUCAUCACCUAUUGCAACACCUAUGCCAUUUGAGAACCCCAAGUGUUGAGAGCAGUGAGACAAAGAGAUUAAAGCCCCCCGGCUUCCUCCUGACAUCACAUCUGAUGAUCUUAACAUCCAUCCUUAUGUGGUAAAAAUGAUCAGAGUGCUAAAACACAAAUUUUCCUGUUAGUUGUAAAUCAUCUAUAUUUUUAAUCAAAGAAAAGUCAAACUAUAAGUUUGGUGAAUAUGGGAAAUAAGAAAUGAGUUAGAGUAAUGAAAACCACUGUUCUAAUGUCUGAAUUUGCAUCUGUAGGAAUGUGAUGAAGAUAAGAAAUGUGUCACCAACCCAUCAUUAUACAUUAUUUUAAAUGAAAGAGUGGUUAAACACAGAAUCACACAAAACACAAAAUCUGGAGCCAUAAAACAUAAAAUCAUAUGUGAUUUUGCCGAUAGUUAAUUAUACUUAAUGCUGAUUAGAAUAGAAUGAGAUAUACUGAUAUACUUGUCUGACUUCUAAAACAUUUGAUAUAGUAAAAAUAAUUUGUAUUGGGUAAACGUUUCGUCAGACAUCCAAGUGACUUCAGUCUCAUCAGAUGAAUAGAUUCCACAAUAUGUCUGUGAAGGUUCUCAGUCAUUCAGGUCAUCGUAGUCUAAGGAGCUUGGAAAGAAAAGCGUCUGGACUUCUUUAAGUUGCUUGAAGAUGUUUCGCCUCUAAUUCGAGAAGCUUCUUCAGUUCCAGGAUCAAAUAGUGGAAAGUCCCAGAUUUAAGGCCUAUGGGAGUGUCCCCCCAAGAGGGACAAAGGAUCCCUUAGUGAUCCUAAUCACAAGAGCCAAGGUGUGAAAACGGGUGUAGGUCACAAUCAGCCAAGGUUUCAGGUGAACUCUUGAGUUUCGAAAUUCUGCAAUAUUUUCCCUUGACCAUUCUUAGCUUUUCUUUAUGUGGUGAGUCAAUCAGUUCCCCCUUCAAACACUUUCUUAGCAAGGUGGACAUCAAUCAUUGCCUUGAUGUUACAUUAUAAGCUUUCCAGAUAGAACUGGACUCCCUUUCCCAGAAUUAACCCCAUUGAGGGGCUGCAAAACAAAAUAUCACUUUUUUUGUUGUUGUUUUUUUUGUUUUUUUACAAUAAAUGUACCUGCAAAAAAAGCAGAGUCUCAGGACAGAUGAUAAGAAAGUGUAAAACAAAAGAAGAAUGAUACUUUACUGGAAAUUUUUCUUCUGUUGCUUACGUGUAGUUAUGAUAGUUGUUAUAUUAACCUUUGUCUAUUUAUUCGUGCUCUGUCCGCUCUGCGGCUCUAAUAAUGUGAAUUUCCCAACUUUGGGACUAAUAAAGGCCAUCUUAUUUUAUCUUACAACUAAAAUACAUUUUAUUAAGGGAUUGGUCUUUAAAUAUUUUGUAAGUAUUCAACAGGCAUUUACUGGAAAUUUACUGGUGUUACUGUAAUAAGGAUGUGGUUCAUUUUUUUGCUGUGAGUGUAGCCGUGAAACCUGCUACACUGGAGCUGCUUUACUUUAGGUCAGGUUCAUGUAAUGUUAUUUAUUUAUACCUUGUCACAUGUUAAAACAAAUGUAGGUUGUUGUUGCCCAAGGUGCUAAUUAGAAGAGGCGUAUAGGAAUCUUGCACUUUAACAUCAACAUGUGGUGUGAAUGGAAUAUUCAAGUGAUUUUCUGCCAAUAGUAAACUUGAGACUAAAGAGAGUAUGAACAUAUAACAUGCAUUAAAAGAGUCCUUUUGACCUUCAGUAUUUGUCAAACGUAAAUGAAAGCAGAGCACUAUAAACCAGAUUAUUUAUAAAUCAUCAUCAUCAUGUUGCUUAGCAAUCUGCCUGCUAAACUGAUCAAUCUUUUGGACAAUUUUAUUUCUGUAUGUCUUAUAUAUUAUGACAUCAUCGUGUUGCCUAGCAAUAAACUGGAAUCACAGGCCAAACAAUACUGUAGCAUGGGCAUGCACUGGUUGCCACCAUAGGCAGUUUUUCAGUUCAGUUCUUCCUUUGUGUGACUGUAAUGCACAUUCAGUUUCAUUUUUAAGCAUUUGUUCACUAUAACUAUUGUUGCUAUGCUGAAAAACUUGUUGAAGAUGUGUGCAACGAAAUAUUCUUGGGUGAGUACAAAAGAACCUGCAAAACAAGUCAGGGCCACGCCAUCAGCCGAUAAACGGUAAAAUAAUCCACCACCACUACCUGAAAGUCAGUCAAGCUCUGUCAGCUGAGGUUGCCUUGUCCUGUCUGAUCUCUUCAAGUAAAGCUGUGAAUAAAUCUGAAAACAGGAAAGCAUCAAGAUGGCGAGCGGUGAAGACACAGCUGCCCCUCCAUUCAAUGGCAAUGCUGACCAGACCGAUGAGGAAGACUCAAGUGAAGAAGAAACAGAGGAACAAACUGUAGAAGCUUUACAAGAACAGCUUCGUGAAAAAGAUAGAGAGAUCCAGGUGUUGAGAGAGAUGCUCUCAAGGUCACAUGUAGGUCAAAACCAUGACCCCUCACAACCAGAAGAGAGGGCUCAGAAUGACAUCGUCAUCCUCAUUGACUCCAAUGGAAAAUUUAUACGUGAGAAGAAACUUUUCCCCAGGGACAAAGUGGCUAAAUUUGAUUGUCCAAACACUCAAAAAGCCAUUGAGCUUCUGUCAGAGGAGCAUCUGGGAACUCCAACUCACAUCAUCAUCCACACUGGCUCCAGUCAGCUGAGGCAAGAGCAGGACACACUGUCAGAAUCUCUCACAGGAGUCAUAGAGAAAGCUUCCAACACUUUCCCCGAGAGCAGAGUGGUCAUGUCAGCCCUACUUCCAAUGAAAAACAUGCACUGUGACACCAUCAACAAGAUCAACAGCAGACUAGAAAAAGAAUGUGAGAAGCUACCCAAUGUCCACUUCGCCAAACACCCUACCAUAAACAUAAAUUGUCUUUAUGAUAAAGUCCAUCUGUUGAAAGACAAAGUCCGCAUUUUUGCCCGGACACUAAAAGAUGUGGCUCUCGACAGAUACCCAUCCACAUACUAAACAACUGUACCAGGAAGAAGCAGCUCAACAUAUAUUCAACAACAAUAAACAUGUAAUUUUAAUUGUAAUUGUUCCCAAAACCUAGUUUUAGUUUGCUAUAACAACCUUGGUACAGAGUUAUUCAAACCAACUUUGUAAUCACGAGAAAUUUUAAUAGUGAACUUCUCCAUUUGUGAGUCUGUGUCUGUGAAGAAAUAAAUUGUAUUUUUGUUCCAUA